UAACUUCAUUGUUGUCGGUAGAUAUUGUGGUGCGAUUAAUUCUUUAAAGCGGUUGUGAUAAUUUUAAUUGUUUUAUAAAUUAAUAAGAAAAAAAAAUGAGUUCAUGUACUGAUCUUUUACAUUUAAAUGAUAAGCGUCUCUUUCAAGAAUUAAAGAAAAGUUUACCAAAAGGCGCAAAAGAAACAAGAAAUAUAAUUGAAAUACGUGACGAUAUUCUCUAUGUUUGGAAUGCUGAUACAUGCUGUAUUUUAACAUUAGAUAUUGCUGCAACUCGAGAAAAACUUCACGAAGAUGUACCAUAUCAGUCUCUACAUUUGACGGAUCCGCCAAUUUUUGAAGUUACUCAUCUGGUUAUAAAUGAAUUGGUGACACAAUUAAUUCUUUGGGGCAAUUUGGGAAUCGUUGUUGUUGAAUUGCCAAAACGUUGGGGUAAAGAGUCGGCAUUUAAAGGAGGAAGAAACUCAAUUUCCUGCAUAAGUCAUCAUUUAGAUGGAUUUGGUUUUCAUCUUGCAACCAAUGAAAUUAGAAAAGCGAAAUGGCAUCCAGGUUCAAUAAAUCAUUCUCAUCUUGUUGUAUUAACAUCGCAAAAUACAUUUCAUUUAUACGAGUGUCUAAUUGGUGAAACUCCUACAUUAUUAAAAACAUGGAAAGUGGGACCAACACCUUCCACUUCACCCUCGAAAAUACCGAGUUUCGCAUCACUUGGAGAAAUAGCGGUUGAUUUUGAUUUUUCCUCACCUUGUGUUCAAACCGAAUCUGAUAAAGAUAUUGAGAUUGAUAAAAUGAAAUGGAAUCAAAUAGAAUGGCCUAUUCUCGUUCUCCGAGGAAAUGGCGAUGUUUUCAUUUUAAAAGGCGAUAUUUUAACGCCAAGAUCAUCAGCGCCAAUUGUUCUCGGAUCACUUAGUAUGUAUCCACCCGCUGUUGAUAAUUAUGGAAUUGAUUGUUGUUCGAUUAUGUGUAUACAAACAACUCCGCCAAUUGUUGUGAUAGCUGAUUGUUCGGGAAAAAUAUAUCACGCAAUUUUAUUGCCCGAUGACUUUGAAGAUGAGGAAAAGAAAACAUGGUCUCAAUAUGGUUCGACUUAUAGUCUUCAUACCCCAGAUGUUGCUCUUUAUGUUUAUGAAUGCGUAGAAAUGGAAUUGGGUCUUUUUUAUAAUGACGACGAUAAAAAAUAUACUUGUCCAGUUUAUCUUCACAAAGACAAAGAUAAUAGUUCAAGGUAUUUUUGUUCACAUAAUGCAGGAAUUCAUGUUGUAAAUUUGCCAAUGGUUUCUCAAUUAGAAGAAUAUCGAGACGCAGGUGAAGAAAAUCUCGAUUUGUUUCUUCCCUCAUUGAAAAAUCAAUCAAAUUCUCAAUAUUUGGUUUGCACUCGUACAAAACAUACUGUUUUCGAUGAUGCAACACCAAUUUUGGGUCUUGGUUUAUUAAGAGAACCUUGUGUUCUUAUUUCCCUUUUAUAUACUGGAUUUGUUGUUAAUUUAUCUAUUGCUGACUUUAAUUAUUUGCCAAAAUUUGAAUAUAAUCGACCAAUUAACAGUUCCAGUAAAAAGGUAACUAAAGAACCAUUUGACGCAUACAUUAAACAAUUUUUAAGACACGAAUCAUCACAACCAAUCACAAUGCUUGGACUUCGACAAAAUUUGACAGCACGUGAUUCUCUUGAGUUACUUUACCGAGCAACGACAAUUUUUCGAUCGCAACAUUUUUUGCGCCACGAUAAAGUACGAGAAGAAAUUUUAAAGAAAGUACGAACAUUAAAAGCCUUAAAAAAUCAUCAACUAAAGGAACUUGAAUAUUUGAUUCAUGUGAAAAAAGAAUUACAAGAGACUGCGGAAAAAUUAGCAGAACGCUACGAGGAUAUAAAAGAUAAUCAAGAGGAUCUUGCUCGAAGAGCACAAGAGGUACUUCGAUUAGUUAAUUUAAAAGAGCCUUCAUUAUCGCCUAUUGAGAGAGCAGAAGCUGAAGAAAUGAAAUUAAUCGAGAAUAAAGUGAAAGAAUUUUCCGUACGAUUGGAACAAUUAAAAAAGAAAGCAAAUAAACAAACUAUAAAUAUUGUUGAAAGUCCAAAUACAAAUGGAAAGAAAAAGGAAAUUGUUUUCAAAGAAAAACAAGUGGAAACAAUAAAAUCGAAUCUACUUCAAAUGGGCAAAGAUAUUGCUGACCUUGUGUCGCGAACAAAAACCCUAGAAGAAGAAGUUUUAUAAAAUCAAUAUACGAAUUUUAUAAUCGAAAUUUUUUACGGGCUAAUUUUUUUGUUCAGUUUAAUAAUAUAUCAUUAUUUUGA